AAGCUCUACAUAUAGCCCAGCUAAGAUUGAGCUAUCCUCCACACAUUGCCCUCUCCCUUGGUCUCUCUUCUUCUCUCUGUUCAUAUCACUUUCCUUCCUGAUCAAUUCAAGUUUGAAAUUGAGACAAAAACACCAUCAUGACAGAUAUCUUGAGUGAAGAACAGAUUGUUGACUUCAAAGAGGCUUUUGGCUUGUUUGACAAAGAUGGUGAUGGGUGCAUUACUGUGGAAGAACUUGCCACUGUGAUUCGGUCAUUGGAUCAAAACCCCACUGAAGAAGAGCUCCAGGACAUGAUAACCGAAGUCGAUGCAGAUGGCAAUGGAACCAUUGAAUUUGAUGAGUUCUUGAACUUGAUGGCCAGGAAAAUCAAAGACACUGAUGCAGAGGAGGAGCUCAAAGAGGCUUUCAAGGUUUUUGACAAAGAUCAAAAUGGCUAUAUAUCAGCCACUGAGUUGAGACAUGUGAUGAUCAAUCUAGGUGAAAAACUAACCGAUGAGGAGGUAGAGCAGAUGAUUAAAGAAGCAGAUUUGGAUGGUGAUGGUCAAGUUAACUAUGAUGAAUUUGUCAAGAUGAUGAUGACUGUUCGAUGAAACUAAAUUGGAUUGAGCAGAAGAUUUGUUAUUCAAAUUCCUUGUCUUCCAAUCUCAUUCCCUCCCAUGAAAUAUUGUGUUCUUGUUAGUUUUUAUUGUAUUUUAGUUAUGUGUACUUAUUAUGGCCAAGAUGUGAAUGACAAAACAUAACCACAUCAUCUAAUUUGAUCCA